CCGGCUGGCUAGUACUCGUACAUAAACACCGCCAUCGCCAAGUAGCAGUCAUCAGUCAGCAGUUCAGCGGAGUCGUAAUAUUUAUUUAAUAGUUGUCUGUGAGUCAGUCGUAUUGUGCCGUAAAACUCUGUUAGUCUGUUCCACCGGUGGAACUGUGGUUUUUUAAAAUCAAUUACAAGUGCAGUGCAAGUUGCAGAACUUUCUCCAAUAGGAGAAUCGAGCUAAGUAGGCAUGUCAGGGGAAUCACCACCUCCAAACCCCAGCCUUCUUGAAAAACCACUGCAGCCCAGCAGGAAGAGAGUGCUGGUUAGCUUGCCAUUGCGUAGAAACCGAAACGGCUUGCUGAUCUGCCGAAAUCUUUUGCCAUACCUAAUCGAUGAGCCAAAAAAAGAACGUCUACCACCUGAGGUGGCUGAGCAGAGGAACAAUAGAGACGACGAGGAUACCAGAAACGAGGCUGACGGGAGUCCUUCGUCAAGCCAGACGACGGAGAACGGAAAGCGACUAUCGGCGCCCUGCGAAGAGUACGCACCGAGUGAUAGUGAGGAGCCACUGCAAGAUACUAAAAAACGCAAAACCAUCUAAACAGUCAAACAAACAGCAGCCCCGUCAAAUGCCUACCAAUCAAGAGGCGACUGCUCUUUUGAGCGUCCACCCGGCCGAUAGCAUGGUUGAUAUCGAGCUGCGGAACAUCCCCCUGCUGUUCCCGGGGCUGCUGCAGGCGGUGGACGGGGGGUGUGUCGAGACCUACGUGCACACUGACCGCGGCGCCAUCUUGGUGGCGACGCAGGGCGACCGCCACAAGCCGGCUAUCAUCACCUACCACGACGUCGGCCUCAACUAUAAAAGUUUCAAUAAGUUCUUCAAAUACGUCGACAUGCAGGCACUGAUGGAGAACUUCUGCGUUUUCCACAUCACCGCGCCGGGCCAGGAGGAGGGAGCCGCCACCCUGCCGCCGGAUUACUUUUAUCCGACAAUGGAAGAACUUGCAAAGCAGAUCAGUUUCGUGCUGGUGCACUUCGGCAUCAAGAGCUUCAUUGGCUUCGGAGUGGGAGUCGGGGCCAACGUCCUCGCGAGAUUUGCCAUCACCAACCCGGAUAAAGUCGAUGCGCUGAUGCUGGUAAACUGCUCGUCGACGCAGGCGGGUUGGCUGGACUGGGUGGCGCACAAGAUGAUCUCGCACAUGCUGCGUGCGCGCGGCAUGGCUCCGGCGGUGAUCGAGUAUCUGAUCUGCUACCAUCUCGGGCGGGGUGCGGAGGAGCGCAACCUCGAGGCGACGUUGGCGUACCGCGAACAGUUCGCGCGCGAGUGCAACCCCGACAACCUGGCGCUGCUGCUGCAGAGCUACAUAGCGCGCAGCGACCUGGGCAUCGCGCGCGACGGUGGCACGCUCCGCCCGCCCGUCGUCAACCUGGUGGGCGCCUUCUCGCCGGCUCUCAACGACACCGUGACGCUCAACGCGCGCCUCGACCCGACAUCCUCCACUUGGAUGAAGAUAUCUGACUGCGCAAUGCCGCUGGAGGAGGAGCCGGCGAAGGUCUCUGAGGCAUUCCGCCUCUUCCUGCAAGGGGAGGGAUAUGUGGCACCGCUGUCGCCGACGAAGAUCGUCGCGUUCCGUCGGCUGUCGGACGCGGGCCGGCGCCGCGCGUGCCGCCACUCGCCGGUCAUCCGCAUCACCGAGAACCCCAUCUCGGAGGCCUGCUCCGCUGCGUGCUAAGCGCCCCACGACACACCGGCACAGCUCAGAAAUCAUCCCCAUACACCAUCACUAUAAUCAAGCCCAACUUAAUCUGAAAUGUUUUUAACCAAACUGAAAAAAAUAGUAGAUUAUGAAACGGUGGCACAAUGUCAUUGAAGCAAAACGAACGAAGUGAGUUUUAUAAUAGACACUCGAGUGCUUUAAUGCCAAGUUAUGUACGUUUCAUACUUAACUUUAUUUAAUCUCAUGAAAUAGGAAACUAACAAAAUUAAAUACUACUACCUUUUCCGCGACUAAGAAGGUAAAGGAUUGAUGAUUGUAUUUGUAGUAUUGUUAAAAAAAUCAAGAACACAGCUGCACAAAAAAAUAAGAACCCAGAGCUCUAACUGUGCUAUUAUGUAAAAAAGUUAUAUUAAAACACACUUUACAUACAAAGAGCAGUGUUAUAAUGUAUUUUUUUUAUUACAGUAUGCAUGUGAAUAAUCUAUGCCAUUAUAGUAUAUUUUUUAAUUUCAUAAUUGGAAUAUUAUCACACGAGAUUAGAUGAAAAUAUUUAUUGGCUUUUUAUAAAAUGUUAUUCAAAAUAUAUCCAAAUGUUUUAUGGAAGAAGUUUGGAGCCUCAAUAGCUCAACGAUGAGAGCGUUUAGACUCAUCACCGAGGGGUGGUGGUUCGAUCCCCGCCCCGUUGGACUAUUGUACAUUGUAUAAAAGUUACAUACCCUCAUUUUUAAUGUGUUCGUUGAAAAGCAUUUCACAUCAAGUUUUGGCUUUAGAAUAGUAAUUUUCACUAUUAAAAAGAGCCUCAUAUCUAGACAAAUCACAGCCACAUCUUUCAAAUAGUUAUUGAGAGCCUAUAAAGUCAGAUCGUUACAAUUUUAUGAAAGCUGGAAAUUUUCUUCACAUGCUCCUAUAAACACGUAUGUGGUAUGGAGUUUGGAUUAACAUUAAAUUGCUUACCUUAGCUAUAGUAGAAGCACGAGCUGAUUCGGUAUCAGUUUUAGACAAGACAAAAAAUACAUACAUACAGACAGAUUUGUUAUAUACUUCAAUAUUGUUCACACUGUUUCCGUUUGCAUGUUAUAUGCAUUUAAGUAAUGGUGGCUUUAAAAGGUAGCAACUUUCAAUGGUCCAUACCCUCAAUUAUUGAUUUAUAAAACGUAAUUUUUACGAGAAAUAAUUGUGGAAAACUUAACUUACUUCGCUAGAAAUCCUUAAAGUUUGACUUUUAAAGAGUUGUCACAAAGGAAAGUGUUUUUAUGUUUAAUAGAAAAUGCAAAAAAAGACAAACUAAAAACAGCUAAUUACUGUUAAAAUAAUGAAGAGAAGAAUGAAGAGCAGGGCAUGCUGCAUUAUGUAUACACAAUAAUUACAGUUCGUGUGUAUAAACUUGACACCUGACUCGAAUGAUGUUUGUAUUGUUUGUUGUGUUUUGUAGCCAGGUGUCAAGUUAAUGCACACGAGUUAUAAUAAUAAUAAAGCAUAAUAAUUUCUUUUUUUUACACACAUUAUAAUUAAUAUAUGCUAAGCCAUUAUACGUUAAUUAUUUAAGUAACUCAUAAAGCUACGAUUUAUACUUGGACGGUUAAGGGCUUAAACCUGCUACCUACCAAAGCCUCCAUGAUCCAGACUCACAGUUUACGACUUGUAUUUGUCUAUGAUAUGAGCAUAGAGUGACAAAUUUUUAGCUUUUAUAAAAUCACGAAAGUGGCUCUCAAUCUAUUUAUUCUUGUGUAGUUUUUAAAGAUAAUCCGAAAGAAUACUGAAUCAUUUCUGAGCUGUGCUUUUAACCAAAGCGGCAGGAUAUUCAAAUUUAAAAAUUUAUUUGACAGCGGUGUCUGUUAUUGUUUUCAUUAAUAUUUUUUUUUUAUUCUUUUUUAUAUUUUAGUAGUAUUACUAAUCGUUUUUAUUUUUGUUUUCUUUUUCAUGAACAGUUUACGUUUCAUUGUUAAUUAAUUAACAAACUUUUAUUUUCGUGUUUUAAUGUUUGUAUGUCAUUAGUGUUCGAAGGAUGUCACACUCGAUGGCACCUAUAAUAUAUUCAUACUUGUUAUUAUAAGUUGAUACAGUUAUCCUAUUAGACAUAUGACUGUGUUUUGCACACGGAGUCUAGCUCUCGUCCACGGCGGCGAACGGAUGUAGUGUAUGGAAAUUUUUGGGAAAAUUCUCAUGGAUACCCGAAAGGGGUGUGGAUUUUCAUCCUUCUACCAAGUUAGCCCUCUUCCAUCUUAGAUUGCAUCAUCACUUACCAUCAGGUGAGAUUGUAGUCAAGGUAUGGUAUUGCCAUCGUCACUGUUAGAUGUGUACUACACAUCCUUAUAACACGAUAACACGUUUGUCCAUUCCUUAUGUUGCCCUCCUCUUUCUCCCAUUUCUCUGUUGUUUUGACGGCCUCCGUGACGCAGUGGAUGUACAAAACGGAGGUCCUGGGUUCGAUCCCCGGCUUGACCGUUUGAGAUUUUCUUAAUUGGUCUAGGUCUGGCUGGUGGGAGGCUUCGGCCUGGGCCUACCGGCAAAGACGUACCGCAACCGAAAGGUGUGUGGAUUUUCAUCCUCCUCCUCCUCCAACAACAUGUUAGCCCGCUUCCAUCUUAGACUGCAUCAUCACUUACCACCAGGUGAGAUUGUAGUCGAGGGCUAACUUGUAAAGAAUAAAAGUUUCUUCAAGUAGGUUGCCUAUAUUUUCGGAAUCCAACAUUUUGGGUACUAGAAUAUUACACAAGAAGCAUGUUUGUCGCGUUUUCUAAUUUCAUACACUAUAUGGGAUCGCCGCCGUGACGGUAGCUAUAGUUAGCGUCUUUUACUUUUAAAGUUUGUAACGAUAUUUAAACUAUGUUGUGCUCUUUAUGCUUUUUAUGAUUAUUAAUUAAAAUUGUAAGAAUUUUUGCGCCUAUACAAGAAACAAGAAAGCUUUAAUUAUAGUUUUAUUAUCAGUUAAAUGUUUUGUUUAAAUAGUAUAGGCAUUUUGCUGUUUGCAUUCCUGCGUUCCAAAGAAUUUAGUAAUGUACGUUGGUAACCAAAGUUACGUGGACUAUGAAGGGUCAUAAGUUCGAUAGUUGUGAUAGGGCGGAUUUUUGUAUGGAAGGGAAGGGAAGGGUACAUAUCCCGGAGGUAGAACGGGGCCACGCAACAGGGACUUUGCGAACAUCCCGGUUGGACUUGUGCGGUCAGUUUGAUCAUUUCGUUUUUUUAUGUACCUUUGACUCUAGUCAAUGCGAAAAUUAACAAAAAAUAGGACUUGGAAUUUUAACAACGCGGACUUUUAUGUUUGUGAAUCAUGUUACUUAUACAAGAUAGAACGAUUAACUAAAUCAUGUUACCAAAAGUUAAAUGUUACAUUGAAAAUAGGAAUGUCAAAUUCAACCCCACAACUAAAUCGGGAUAGAAGAAUCUCCUUUAUUUUAAUCCGUGUAAAACGCGUCCAUUAUGACAAUAUUUUUUUACAAAGGAGUAUCUUAUAAUAUCACAGAAAAAUCAUUAAACUCUUCUUCUAAAGCUUAACUAAGUAGCACUCUCAAGCUGUGUCGUAUUUUAGAAUAUAUGAAAACAGAUUAUUAUACCAUGUGCGCUGUAGCAUGGUGCAGGUGACAGUUUCAGAACGUUCCGUUUCACUCUUGAAAGUUGUCGCGAUUUACAAAUUAUGACUUAGUAUUUCAUCUGUAUCACAUUCGUAAUAUAUUAAAUUAAUAACAGCUGUAGUAACUUAAACUUAAUGCAGUCAUAAUGUUCUAGUCUACAAAUAAAAUCAAAUUAAAAAUAAAAUUAAGCACUGUUAUCUGUGUAACGUAACACCAUAGACGUAUUUAGUAUUGUUCUGACAGAUGUCAGCGUCAUACAGGAAACUGUCAUUCGCACCAUGCUACAGCGCACAUAGUGUACGUAAUUUUUCUUUUGCACUCGUAAAAUAGCUUUUUUUGUGCAUACGAAUCUCGUAUAAUACUCUAUAUUGUAAUGACGAAAAGGACAACUAUCUAGAUCAUUUUUAGAAAUAUUUUUUUUUAAGUAAAUGAGAGUUAAAAUAAUUAGUUAAAUGUAUACUUCUGAUUGAAUUAUUAGAUUCAGUUUCAACCCUUUACUGUCUAGUACUCGUUCAGAGGAGUGUAAAAUGGUUUUUAAAAUAAAAUGCACUCUCACGGAAUGGGAAUGAUAGACUGGGUCCUGUCAUAAGUGAAGUUAGCGCCCUCGUUCACUAUCGCAUUAUGUCAUUCUCAAAUGUUAAACUUGACAUCACACAAAUAGCAUAGUUGACAUAUAUAACGAAAUUUACCAGUACCGCUAUUCCGUAAAAGUACUUUAACAACUCGACAGUGAAUCUAUAGUAUUGUGUCAAACAGACAUCGAUCUCCUAUUAUAAAGUGGAUGCACAAUCAGCGACUAAUAAACGUCCCCACUUAAUGAGUGCCAAAGACAACUUCUUGGCACUCAAUUAAAGUAGUCGCAUUUGUGUCAUCAACCUUAAACUCAAUCCUUACGGUUGAGUUUGCUCUGAAUUUUGGGUUUUAUUGAAUAUUGGACUAUAUUUAAAGGCCUUUAGGUAUAAUUUUCUUUACCAAUAAUUCUAAAAGUGUCAAAGAAAAAUUGUCCAGUUUUUAAGUGAACUAUUCUACAUGAUUGUGCGUCCUUUUAUUAUAAGAGGUCGAUGCAAACAGAUAGUGAUUAUUCGAAACUAAAUAGCUAGUAUAUUCUGUACUCUAUACUCUAAUGGCCUUGCCACUGAUUGAGAAAUUUUUAGACGGAAAUAUUGUUUCAAUUCUACUGAAGCUUCUAUCAGUAAUGUAUUUUAUUUGCAUGUGUUAAAAAUGUCCAUUUCCAAGAUCGUUGGGUAGUCAAAUUAAUCUUUAAAAUAAAUAAUUGUUCGAAAAACUUUAUAAAAAGUCGGUUGUCUGUAAAGUCGGUUUACUGACGAUAGUUGAACGUGACAACGUCAUAAAAAUACUGGUGGUUGCAUUUUUCAAAAGAAAACGUUCGUGUUUCGAAAAUACUGUUUAAUAAUCUUCAUAGACAAGAAUAUACUUUAUUUCUUGUAAAAAAUGUUGGCAACCCUAGAGCGAGGGAAUGACGCAUGACGUCAUCUUUCAUCGAGUGUGCAGCCGGCUCCAACGAAUUAUAAGACAUUGUCACGUCAAAAAUGUUCAGGUCCAGUUCGCCUUUUGAACGUCAUAUCUCAAUUUCCUCAGCAAUUUUUGACGUCAACUCUCUCGGUUUGCAAUGUCAAGUUUAAUGUCACAAACUGUAGUUAGAAGUAGUGAUAGCGGAGUAUUUGUAUUAAUAGCUGAUAAGAGGCAUGCGUCCUACCACCUGUAGUUUGAUGCACUCGCUUUAAACGUCGCUCAGUGAAACCACACGGAGCUCCUACACCGAAGGCUGACGGGCGAAGCUUGGUCGAUUUCAAUGUCUCGUAGUUAAUGUUCAGUAGUUAUAGAUCAUUAGGUACUCUACUUUAGGACAUUCACAACUUGACACAUCCAUUUGUGACCUCAAAGACAUUUACAUUUUGCCUUUCACCGACGUUUUUUAGAACGUACAGUGAUAUAAUUGUGUGUAAAAAUGCGAUAUUUUGUGCCUAUUCGAUCGCGUAAAAGUGUAUUUUAUAUGAAUUUGAAACGGCAUGAUCUACAAAAAGAGAAAACACAAUCCGUGAGUAAAUGACACUUUCAAUUUUAAUAUACAGGGUGCUCGGGAGUAUUUUCCACAACUCUAGGGUUAUAUUCUUUAAUGAAAAUUAAUAAAAAAUGUCUAAGGAACAUGUGUUCUAAAAUUAAUAUUUCCCGAGUAAAAAAUAUAUUUUUUGUAAAUAAAUCUUAAAAUGUAUCCCCCCUAUACGCAUCCAUAUAAUUAACGUAGCCAAGUUUUACAUGCGUUAAAAUGCAAAGAUAGAUAAAGGCGUGUGUUACAUGGAUAGUCGGAAUUACUUUGUAUGAAAACAUAAAAGUUUUUAUUUUUUCGUUAAAAAAAUAUUACUUAUGCAGUUCGGCUCCUAUAAGUGGACUCGUCAACACCUUGAAGUUAUGGGUAAUACAUACUCCCGAGCACUCUGUAUAAAUUCGAAAGGUCAUUCAUCACGAAAUCUCGAAAUCCGCUAGAGGUACAAAGCCUGAAAUUCGGAGUUUAUAAGUUACUAGGUAUCCACCCGUUCCAUAUAAAUCUUAAUUCCCUUUUACGCGAUCGAAUAGUUCACAGACUCGCAUUCGAUUAGCUGGUGACGUUUUUGAUACCAUCUUUGAGGUGUAAUGUUUGACUUACUUUAAUUUUGACUAUGAGUGGGUUAAGAUUGGAAUGUCUUAAAAAUAUGGGGUCCUGUAAUACUAAUCAUCAGCGAGAUUAGUCGCUCGAUCGACGCGAUCGAAUCAUACAAUCCCAUCGCUCGUAUGAAACGCGUAGCAGUUGAUGUGCGUUAUUUUUAAGUAUAAUAAAAAAUGUGAAUUUAUAAUAG